AUGAAAUUUAACAAAACCAAAUCGACCCUUUCCCUAGCAGCGGCAAUGAUGGUCUCCUCCGUCCAUGCUCAAGGUUCCGCUUUGGAACUGGAACCAACGUAUUACAACGACUUUGGGUUCAAGAACAUUGCCUUCUUUUCUGCUAUUGGUGGCUCAUCCCAUUAUACUUGGGUCUUAAGCAUCAGUGAUGAAUUAGGCAAAAGAGGUCACAAUGUCACCUACUUGACUAAUGAUAAAGAUGUCAAGUUUGGUAAGCCCUACAAGCAUGUCAAGACAGUCUCUAUAGGUCCUCCUGUUGAUUAUACUCCAGAAGAGAUCACUAGUGAGUUUUUGAGAGACAUAGAUACAGUUGAUUUCAUGACGAUGGCUUUUGGUUUUAUCCAUAAACACUUUGAAAGAGAUUAUGAGUUCACAAGAGAUUAUUUUAUUGCAAACAAUAUCGACCUGGCUUUAUGUGAUCACUUUGCCGAAGCCUGUGUGGAAGCUGCUACUUCCUUGAAUAUUCCUUACAUUGUUACUUCAGCCAUGGAAAUCACUAAAGAUUCAGCUGCUCCCUAUAUCAAUAACAACAUUGUUACACUGACUACGCCCACAUCUGAAUUUCAAAGUUUCGUCUCUAGAUUUGAAAACAAGUUUAUCAAGCCCAUAAAAAUGAUACGAAAAUUGAUGCCCUUUUUUAAGCAACUCAAUGAGCGUAAGAAGUCAAUUGGUAUCGAUGCCAAGAUACAAGAUCCUAGCACGAAAUGGCAAAACGCAUUAAAGUUGGUUAACAAUAUCCAUGGUUUUAGUCCCGCCCGACCUAUGGGUCCUCUUGUUGAGCUUGUGGGUCCCAUCAUUCCAAAGCAAUAUGCUCCAUUAAACGAGCCUCUUGAACAAUUCCUCAGUACUCACAAACGCGUUGCCUAUGUUGCAUUUGGCCAAACAGCUACGCCUAGUGAAGCCGAUAUCAAGUUGAUCAUGACCACUUUGCUCGAAUGUAUUGAACGCGAUAUUCUUGAUAGUUUUCUUUGGGCUACCGUAAACGCUGCUGGCAAUCUUCCUGAUACAAUCACUACAUCUUCUGGCACUGUUUACCAUACACAAGCAAUGAUCAACCACACAAACCCUCAUGCACGCUUUGUCUCUUGGGCACCUCAAACUGCCGUCUUGUUACAUCCUUCAACUGCCUUGUUUGUGUCUCAUGGUGGUCUUGGCUCUUGGUAUGAGUCCUUGUAUGCAGGCAAGCGCAUGAUGAUGUUCCCUUUCUUUGGUGACCAGCCUGUUAAUGCUCUUAUUAUUGAACAGUCCAACUACGGUGGUAUCUUUAAGCAUGACUUCACCAUGGAACAAGCUAUUGGUUUGGUGAAGCGUCUUAUGGAAGACAAGGAUGGCAAAAUCAAGUCUGCUUUAGAGCGUGGUAAAGCAUUAGUUCAGACUCGUUCCAAGAACAGCGUGAUUCGUGGUGCUGAUGCAGUAGAAGAAGUGGCCUAUACGCACAACAAUGGUAUUUUAGAACACCGUAUAAGUGCUGAUCGUCGCAUGUCCUAUAUCAAGGCUCACAACUUGGACCUUUAUGGUGCCUUUAUUGCAUUGGUUGGCACUGUUCUCUAUGUGGUUGUCUUUGUCUCCUUUAGAAUAGUGAGCUAUCUCAAACCUUCUCAAAUUAAGCUCAAGACACAAUAAUUGAUACCAUAUUUAAAUGAAUAGAUCAAAUAAUAUAUAUAUAUAACUGAAAUGACUUUGCGCAACGAAAUACAUUAUGAC